UUGUUGUGUUUAAAAAUGAGUAGGGGGCUAACCUGGGUCAUACAAUUGCAUAGCCCAUGUGUGCAGGCAGAUGUGCCUUCAUCAGAACACCGUGCAGUAGUAGCCUAAAUGUUCUGGUCGACCCGCCAAGCCGCCGUUGUUAUUACAAAUAAUUUUACCGAAUCUGUAUUUUUCCACCAUUUAUGAUAGGCUACUAAUAUGAUUGUUCACUGAUGCAUUGCUACUUGUUCGUGAUAACGUCUAACUGAAAUUAUGGUGCCUCUGACUUCGGCUACUUAGGCUACUAGAUGCUUGAACGCAACCCAAAUAAUCUUGCGUAGCUUUAUCCUGUUGGCAGUAGUGGAUGCUUCGUGCUUCAGUCGUUGCCAAACGAUGGACCCUCGAGCAAUGGUUGUCCGAUUGAUUUGUAAGAGCGCCUUUCAAGUUGCGAACAUCAAAGCCUUCGCGGCUGUUCGAGCGUCCAGGUGUAAUAGUUACGUUACAUCAUUUCGAAGCUAUAACGUUGCAGCUGGUAGACCUACUUUAUAUCGGUUAAGUAAACUCUGGUUCACCCGGACAUUGGGAUCCUAUAGUACUCUUCAGCCAGAUAAAGGAAAAAUGGCCAACUCAAAUGACUCGACGGAGAUCACGGAAGUGGUGUGUCUGGAGUCAGACCUGCAGGAUGGACAGAUGAAAGAAGUCGAAGUGGACAAGCAUAAAAUUCUGUUGGUCAAGAGCAAGGGCCAGUUCAGUGCAGUUGGCAGCCGUUGCUCUCACUAUGGAGCUCCACUUAUCAUGGGGACUCUGUUGGGGGACAGAGUGAGAUGUCCUAUUCAUGCAGCUUGCUUCAAUGUGAAGACUGGAGAUAUUGAAGAAUAUCCUGGCCUUGACUGUCUACCCACUUACAAGGUAAAAAUUGAGGAUGGCAAAAUAUAUGUCACUUUAAACACAAAGGCAACCAAGCGCGUGAAAGAGAUGUCCCACAGAGCACCUGAGGUCUGUCACACAGUGAUGUUGAUUGGAGGAGGUCCUGCCUCUCUGGUUUGUGCUGAGACCCUCAGACAGAAUAACUACAGUGGGAGAAUCAUCAUUGUCACCAAAGACAACCUGCCACCCUUUGACAAGCCCAAGCUGAGUAAGGCUAUGAAUAUCGAAAGAGAAAAAAUCCUCCUGCGACCAAAAGAGUUCUUCCAGCAGCAUGACAUCGAGAUGUGGAUGGAAAAAGCGGUGCUUUCUGUGAACACUGAGGCAAAGACAGUGACUAUGGAUGACAACACAGUGCAGCAAUACAACCAGCUGCUGAUAGCCACUGGCUGCAGAGCAAGGCGAAUGGCAUGUCCUGGGGCAGACCUGGAGAAUGUGAGACUACUGGAGAGCUUUAAUGAUGCUCAAGACAUACAUAACUUGUGUGCUGGCAAGAAGACUGUCGUAGUGGGGACCUCAUUCAUAGGCAUGGAGGUGGCAGCCUAUUUGUCAGAUAAAGCUGCCAGCGUGUCUGUUAUUGGAAGGUCUGAAUAUCCGUACCAGUUGUCGCUGGGACCAGAGAUUGGCAAAAUGACCAUGCGGAUGUUGGAGGAGAAAAAUGUGAAGUUCUACAUGAAUGACAAUGUUGCUGAGAUAUUGGGAGAGAAUGGAAUGGUCAAAGAAGUUCUGUUGCAAAAUGGAGGACGCCUAGAGGCAGAUGCUGUGGUCUUUGGAAUAGGUGUCUUGCCCAAUUCAGAUUUUCUAAAAGGAAGCAAGAUCAAAACGGACCAAAGAAAUAACAUCAUUGUUGAUAAGUGCAUGAGGACCAAUGUCCCAGAUGUGUUCUCUGCCGGAGAUGUGGUGUCGUUCCCUCUAGGUGUUCGUGGAGAUGAGUUGGUCAACAUUGGACACUGGCAGCUGGCACAUGCUCAUGGCAGGAUAGCAGCACUAGCCAUGGUCAACAAACCAACUGAAAUCAACUCUGUCCCUUUUUUCUGGACUGCGCUUUUGGGAAAGAGCAUUCGAUGCACAGGCUAUGGGCAUGGGUAUACUGACAUUGUGUUCAAAGGCAAAGUGGAGGAAAGGAAAUUUCUAGCCUUCUACAUGAAGGACAAUAUCAUGGUGGCAGCAGCCAGUCUGAACUUUGACUCCGCAGUCGGUCUCUUGUCCGAAAUGAUGGCAACUGGCAAAGUCAUAACCAGAGCUCAGAUUGAAUCUGAUGACCUGAGUUGGUUGCAGCUGCCAUAGCCUCUUCUGUGCCCACUCCUCUGCUGGAAUGGAAGUCGUCUUAGUGUGGACAUCAUCUCUCUUCUUUUUACUCAAGUGUCACAUACAAUAAAUACUGUAACUUCUGUAUUUCAUACUUUUGGCCAACGUUUGUAUUUCCUUCUUCAGGCUAUUGCAAGUGUAACAAAUUUGGUUAAUGGGCUUGACAUUCUCAAGUAAUGUUCCGUGUUUUAUAGUGUGUAUUUAAUGUCUUUGAAUAGGAUAUGAAACACACAAAGCCUGUUUAAAUGAAUUACCAUUGCAUUUACUUACUAUGGUUUACUGUAGCAGAAACAAAUGAAGUAAUUUAAUUUCAUCAAUGCAACAGGUGGCUAAAGCAAAGUCCUUUUAGGCAAGUCUCUCCACUCGGCGGGCAUAUUGUAACUCAUUUUGGGCACUUAUCGGCAUCUAUUUCUGGCAAAACUGUGCGUGUGUAAGGCUUCACGAAUCACGACACACCAACCUCGCUCCAGCUGCGAGAUCACAACACACGAUUGGCACAAUGUAUUCACAUGUCAACUUUCGGCGGCGGAAGGGGCGGAAUAUGUAUAGACGACUGCCUUAUUUGCGUUAUGAACUAUACAUUUCUAUGGGAGAUAGAAAUCCCCUAAAUAGAAAUUUAGCCUCAUCUCUGGCUAAAGUCAGUAAUUGUGCCUUGUAUUGUAUUGAUGCCUUUUUGUGUCUUUAUAUACAAGUCACUAUAUGGAGUUCUCUAAAUGACAUGCUUUGGUUUAAGCACAUGUAUCUAGACAAACUUGAAAUCAUCUCAGGAAAGAACAUUGGAAUAAAGGAGGGGAUUUGCUCAGGUUUUACAAAUGACAGAUUGGCAAACAUUCAGAUUACUCCCGAAGGCAUGACAUGCUUUUGCCAGGAGGGGGUUGUAGCUCUGAUGUGACAUGCAGUUAAAUUUGAUUGAUGGUGUAUGCCAGUGUUCUUCAAACAUUCCUUUUUGAACGGUUUAAGUUUCAUAUUGCAGUGCUUUCUAGUGGCUGUCAUAAUACCCAAUGGCCAUUGUCUAGACUCUAAGGGAUGGAUGACUAGACUGUGGCUUAAUGCAUGCAUGCUUUAAUAACAAUGUGAUUCACAAGUUGCCUUAAAUAAUGUUCUAUAUUGUGGUCUAUAUUGUGGUAUUGUAUAUAUUGUGGUUCAUCCUGCAUCCUGUAGGCCUAUAGAUUCUGUUUUUUUUUUAUAUAAACACCAGCAGUGUACAGUAGCCGAUUAUGGAAUACUGUGUGCUGUUAACACAAUAAUAAUUGCUAUUUCUAACAUUUUGAUCAAGAUAUCACUUUCCCCCCCUGCUGCCAGACUUCCUAUGACACUUUUAUGUUUUAUGACUCUUGUACGUUGUUGAUGGGUUUAUUUAAUUUUAUUUAAAAUAAAUAAUAUUUCCAUCAUCCAUUA